AAGCUAGGUCGAAAUUUAUUUCAUAAAUUUGCCUAUGUUUUAAUUUAUUCAUUAAUGGAUUGCUUAAGCUAGAUUUACAGUGAAAUAUCAUGAUCGGAUCAAUAAUUUGGAGCGGAAAGAAGUAAAGUUAGAAAACAUUAUGAUAGGUGGUAAUUAUCUUGUACAGUUGGGGGUAAUUAAUAUACUUGUAUCAGUGGAGGUAGCAUUCUACCGAACAUACAGAAAAUUGGAGGUAGCAUUCCACCGAUGUAUCAAGUCAUUGACCCUCUAAGUGUCUAAGUAUCAAGUCAUUGGAGGUAGCAUUCCACCGAUGUAUCAAGUCGCUCCUAUCUACGACAACCACUUAUCAUGGAAAAUGUAAAAUAUCUACUUUCUUGUUUUGCCCCUCUAAGUGUCUAAGUAUCCUUUUUUUUUUUUAAGUGGAGUUGGUCCGUGUGGCCAGCUAAAGAAGAUGACAGCGGGAAGGAAGCAUGAACGAGAUAACUUAUGCUUUUUUCAUCGUCACAAGGUCUAUCCUAUGGAAGUACUCAUAUUGGAUCAAUGAUCGAUUUCUAGGUUUUGUUGUAAACUUAACACUAAUUAUCCAAAAGUACAAUAAAUUAAAUUUGAUAUGAAAGCCAAAUAAAUGAAAGCAUGAUCAUAUGGAAACAGUAGUGAGUUGGAACUCUAAGGAUCAAAGCUUUUUAAGACGGCUUCAAGGCUUUUGAUGGGUAAUGAUUAUCGUAAGUUUUUAGUGCCUUCAUUCCAUUGGUUAGCUUCAUCCAAGCAGUAAGCACACGCUCAUGAUUUCACUGUUCAUUACUCAAAAUCCAAAACUGAUCUCUUUCUUGCAUGAUUUCGUUAUCUGUUCAUGCGCUCUGAUACUGGUUUUUCGCUUCAUUGGCUGCGCACCUUCUCCAAUGCCUUCUCCCUUAAAUUCUUUCCCUUUUCUUCUUCCCCUUCAAUUUUCCAACUCUUUUGGUGAAGAGGAAAUGGACCCUUUUCCUUCGUCAUGCCAUCUUUCCCCUCUCCAUUUCAGUAACUGCAAUUUUGGGUUUCAAGACAGCAUUUUUGACGUUGUUCCAUUGUUUGAGACAUGCCCAAAUGACUCCUUUUUGGUUCUAAAGGAUAUUGAACCCAAUAACACCAUUAUAUCAGAAGAUGGUGGAGAAAAUGAAAAGAAGGGAUUAGAGAGGAAAGAAGGGAGGGGCAAAAGGAAGUGGUGCGGAGAAAGGAGCAGCAGCCCAUCAAAAGGUUUGUCAAGAAAGACAAUAUCUGAGUACUUCUGGAUGCCCAUAACUCAGGCCGCUAAGGAAUUGAAUGUGGGGCUCACUCUGUUGAAGAAGAGGUGUAGAGAAUUGGGCAUAAGGAGAUGGCCUCAUAGGAAGUUGAUGAGCCUCCAAACGCUAAUCAAGAAUGUGAAGGAGCUUGAGAAGGAAGAUGGAGUGAAGCUAAGGCAUGUAUUGGAGAUAUUAGAGAAUGAGAAGAAGUUAAUGGAAGAGAGACCGGAUUUACAGUUGGAGGACAACACGAAGAGGCUUAGACAAGCCUGCUUCAAGGCCAACUACAAGAAAAAAAGGCUGUCCGGAACAAACAACUCCUCAGCCACCAGGGUUCAUCAGGAUGAUGAUGAAGAAGAAGAAGAUGAAGAAAUGAAGUAUCUGUUGGCGGAUUGUUCAUUUUCAUUCACUGGUGGCAGCCUGUUGCUGUACUAAAACCUCUGAUAUCAUCCGACACCAAUUUCAAUUCAGGGUUUCAUCUUAUAUCAUCUUAUAUCUUACGUACCGUAGUGGUAUGAUAUUGUCCACUUUGAGGAUAAAACACGUCUACUAGAAAGAGGAAUGCUGACACACUAAAUACCAUUUGUAACAGUCUAAGCCCACUCUAACGAACUUGUAAUCUCUCCGCCCAUCUCAU